UGAUUGAAAUGGCGUCAGUCACGGUACGUGGCUCGGCUCUCUGUACCGUGUCCCUGCUCAACUUUGCGUUUGUGUUCAUAUCCGGAGCAGACUUUAUUCGGUUUAUAUCAUUUCGAGCCAUUUACCACAACAUCACCGGAGAGACGACACUCUGUCAAGACUCCAUCCCGUGGUCUGUGGCUCUGCAGGACAGCUCUGUCCUCAGGUCUCUCGCUGUGGAUCUGGGGCUGCUGGCUCUCUUCAUCACACAGCAUAGUCUGCUCGCCUGGUCACCUGUCAAACAGGCCCUCCAAUCAGUGCUGGGGUCGCUGAACAGGACAGCAUACUGCUUCACCACCGCUCUGGCUCUCCAGAUUUUGAUGCGUUACUGGCAGCCCGUGACUGGCGCCCCCUGUUUGUGGUCGAUACGUCACGCACCCUGGAGUAUCUGGUUCCCUCUGCUCUGCUUCAGUCUGCACUUCCUCUGCUGGGCAAUCAUCUGCAGCAUCCUCGUGAUCUACGAUUACUCUGAAUUGAUGGGCAUCAAGCAGGUGUAUUACGAGUGUCUCGGUUUAGGGGACCCCCUGUCUCACAAGCCACCACAAGCCCAGCGCCUCCUGGCUCACCUCCGCCACCCGGUGUGCCUGGAGCUGGGCGUCGUGCUGUGGCUCCUGCCGGCCUUGUCCCUGGACAGGCUCCUGCUGUCAGGGACUCUGUCCACCUACCUGGCCCUGGCGCACUCUCUGGACAAACAGGAUUUAGCCUACCUCUGCGUCCAGCUUAACAGAAAGCUGCAGCUCUUUGCCGAGCCACAGCAGGGCAGCAUCGACACCAGCGACCACAAGGAGAAGUGAAGUGAAGGUCUUCUUACUGCUGCGAUGUGAAGCUGACUGCUGUUUAAAGACGAGCCAGGAGUGUUGUUGUGAAGCUGACUUCUCAGUGAGCCUGGUUAUCUGCUGCGUUAAAUAAUAAUGGCCAAACUUGACACUGUACUUUUUUUUAAGUUUUCUUUUUGAUUGCAUACGUGGUUUUAGAUAGGGAGAGUUUUAUUUAAUCACUGUUUUAAAACAUAAAUCCUUCUACUAAUGAGCAUCUUGUGUGAACUGUUAAAAUAAUUUAAAAUUCUUUGUUUAAAUUCUGAUUAAAUUUAGAAAAAAUCGUCAGGGUUCCUACUGUUCCUUGAAAUCCUUAAAAAUGUGUGAAUAUGAGGGGAAAAAAUCAAGACCUUGAAAGUUUUUUAGAAUACUCAGAAAUAGAUAUGGGUUUGUGAAAGUGCUUGAAUUUAUAUAUUUGUGCAAGACUAUGACUUUUUUAAUUUUAUUAAAGGUCCAGGGUUUAGGAUUUAGAGGCAGCUAUUGGCAGAAAUGAUACAUAAUAUUCAUAUUUCAUUAGUUUAUUAUCACCCAAAAACAAGAAUUGUGUUUUUGUCAUCUGAGAAUUAGCCAAUUCAUGUCUGCAUAUGAAGCAAGUCCUCUUCAUGGAGUCUGCCAUGUUGUUUCUACAGUAGCCCAGAAUGGACAAACCAAACUUUAACUCCAGAUAGGGCCAUUCAUGUUUUCACAUUCUCACGUCUGCUACCGUAGCUUCUCUCACAAACUUGACACACGGGAGAAUUUUCAGUUCGGCAACCUCACCGCUAGACGCCACUAAAUCCUACACGCUUGACCUUUAACAUUAGCAAAAGCUACAUUCUGCUGCCUGCAUGUGUGUCUCCUGCAGAUGCUUCAUUGUUUCACCUGCGUCGAGAAACUACAACGGUCACGUGCGUGCAUGAGUGAUUGAAGUGAAUGCCAUGUUGGGUUCUUGAAAUUGAGGGAAUUGGGCCUUGUACGUUAACGUUAUGCGAAAUAUGUUCCUUGUAUCACAAAUUUAAAAUCUACUGUUGCACUCUGGGACCUUUGAAACAUCAUUAACGUCACAUUAUUGGUGUAUGCAGCUGGUUGGUGGCGGGAAUGUCUUAACAAGCACACCAAAUGUUUGACCUUGGCAACAUGGAGGAAGCAGCUCUGGUCAGCCAUGCUAAAGGGAAAAAAGCAAGGACACAAUCAAAAGGCUACUCAACAGACUGCCAGCGUUGGCACAUAUUUCACGCCUGCUGUAGGCGAGCCAGAUAACGUUACCACUUCAUGUCUACUGUAUGUGCAGAGACAAAGGUAUUUGAUUCCUUAUUCCAUGCUACAUUUUUGCUACAGUGCCUGUCUUAACACACUGGAGUAAGAGCCUCACUAUUGUGCCCUGUGAAGGCGAUGUUGGCCUAACGUUAACUAGUUUAAAGUACUUUAAGUAAUGGAAAUGGGGUAGAAUAUAUGGGAAAGUUAUGGAAAAGUUUGAAGAAUUCAAUUGGUAAAAAUGAGCGGGAACCUUAAAGUCAUUGAAAAGUCCUUGAAUAUGAUGUUUAAGAAGGUGUGAGAACCCUCAUUUGUCCAAAUUGUAUAUUAAAUUACAAUAAAACCCUACAAAUAUUGUUUUUUUUACAACACUGAGUUUAUUUUCAUUUAUGAUAUUGCAUAUUUUUAUAAGCUGUUACAGUCUGUGUGCCAACUGCAGGUACGCUGUAUUUCUCUGCACACUAAUUUCAAGUUUAAUUGUCCUUGAAAAAACAUGUCACCCUGAGAUUUCACACUGGCAGGAAGCACAAAACAUGCAGCUUUGUUUUUCACAAAUUUGCAGCUAUAAUGAAAAAAAAAAUGUUCCAUGGUGUUUCUAAGAUGAUGAAUGUAUUUCCUCAGCCGCUUUAUAUUGUGUUGGGGACACAUCAGCAGUAAUGUCAGGAACAGAGUUGGGAUUUUACCCAAAUAUGUCCUUAUCGACUAAGUACUGUAAUCUUGGAUUUAACAUGUGUAUGCUUGUAUCAGUUUUCUGCAUUGUGGCCUCACUGUAAUGACGAACAGUAAUAUUUUCAGUAUUUUCAAGUUCAUGUUGAAUAAAUAACGUAA